GUCAGUUUUCGUAUGCGAGUGGUCAAGUGUGGACAGAGUCAGAGAGGCUGACUGUGUUUCCUUUUUAAAACUGAUAAGAAUUUCAUUGUGAAUCAGCAAAUCUUUCGAGGAAGAUGUACAAUUUGAUAGUAAUCUUGAUGGGGAUUGGAUUGCUGGCACAUGGUACGGCGGCCAUACAGCGGGAGUUAAAUGAAAUACCAGGGGCUAUGGACCAGGAUGCAGGAAAUGAAACUAAUGAAGACCAUAAUAUCAAUGCAAGUCAAAAUCGUGUUGCUGCUCAAUUGGAGGCCGUUCUAGAACAUUUUAAGCAAGCAGAUCCAGUGGGUUUGCCCGGAGUACCAGUUCCUGAUCCCAUGGAGGUGCCUGAUAUGAAAAAGAGUCUUGGCAUGGCAAAUCUUAAUAUGAUGCAAGUGAGGGCUUAUGGUUUGUCCAAAUUUCGAAUUGCCACCAUUAAUGCGGAUUUCAAGGAUCUACAGGUGAAAGCUGGCAUACAAUUGGAUGAAAUGAAUGUGAAGGGCAAUUACAUUCUUAGUAGCUUCUUCUCCAAGGCCAAUGGUCCGUUCACCGUGGUGCUGAAGAAGGUCUAUGUGGAGGCCACUGCAACAUUGGCCGUGGAGCGUGAUGGUCAUUUGACCACAGAUAGCAUUAAAAUGGAUAUUACAUUUGCCGAUAUGGCCAUGGAUUUCCAAAAUCUUGGAUUCCUGGGCACCGUAUUCCAGGGAAUUGUGAAUUCUGCGCCAAAUCUGGUAUUCGAUGCCAUGAAACCAUUUAUGCUUCAGGAAGCCGAUAAACAGCUGCGUGGCAAGAUCAAUGAAAAUAUAGAAAAAUUAAUGGGUGAUCGUCGUCUGCCCAAUUCCAUUACUCCAUUGGAUAGCGCCAUUGCGGAGGCUAGAAAAAAGGUACGCGCCAUGGGCUAUGAUCCAUACCAUGUGCCCGACAUGAAUAGAACUGUUGGUGUAUUCAGUGUCCAACUAUCGCAUACAUGGAUCAAUGGUAUCUCCAGUUUCUAUCGUGUUGGCAAUAUGUCAGCUGGCAUUGAAAACAAUACUAUCUCGUUACGUGUCCAAAUUGGCACACAGCAAGUGACCGGCGCUGGUCAAUGGGAGGUGGGCUUGGGCAUGAUGACACGUGUGGGUCAUGUACAGUUUACAGUGCAACAUAUUCGCGCCACCAUAGGCAUCAGCCAAUCACUGGACACACGAAAACGUCCACAGAUCAAUGACCUACAAUUUGAUAUGGGCAACAUUCAAGUUAGAUGCGAUGGUGCCGGCACCAUCGACUAUGUCAUGGAGUUUGUGGUGAAUGUAUUACCAAAUUUAUUGCGUUACCAAAUAAUGGAUGCCAUCGAGAAUCCCAUUAAGCAGCGUGUUCAAGAGAAAUUCAAUACAAUCGACGUGGAACAGGCCAUCAAACAAUUGGCCCAAAAAUACGAAGCAGAGGGCAGUAAUUUCUCUUUUGAUUUUAAAAUUUAAUUUUAAUUACAACUCACUAAAUUAGUUGCCAAACCAAUAAAAUAUUUCGGCAAUAUACAAAAUAA